AUGCCCUUUUUCCCUGUAGACAACUGUUCGUCGAGCCCUGACAGGUGGGGCAAGAGAGAGGCAGCUCGAAAACAUGAGGAGGCAGGAAGAUUAUCGGGAGGACACAAUUCGUCGGCUGCACGAGGAGAAAAGAUUAGAAGCCAAUAUGAGUAAUGAAGAAAGGAUAUCAGAGAAACGAUUUAUAAGGCGUACAAUGAUGGAACAAAAAGAAAGAGAAAUGGAAGAAGCAAUAUUAAAGGCACAGAGGGACCGUUUGAUCCGAGAGGAACAGAUGUUACAGGAGGAGAGACUGGCUGCAGAGCUAGAGAAGAGGAAACUAGAUUCCAUCAGGGACGAGAAGAUGAGACAGCAAAUCAGGGAAAUCAGUUUAGAGUUGAGAGCAUUAGAAGCUAAGCUACGAUCUGCGUACAUGAACAAAGAAAGGACUGCCCAGAUAGCAGAGAAAGAGGCCAUCAAAUUUGAUGUCAUGAAACGUGACUCUGAGAUAGCUCGCGAGAUGAAGAUUGAGCACGAGCGAGCAGAGGAGGCAGCUCGGCAGCGCGAGGUGGAGAAGCUCAUUGAUGACAGGAAGUCUCAGUUCGCCGCAGACCGCGAGCGGGAGCUUGAGGAGCGCCGUGAGGAGGAGAGGAUGGAGGCAUUCAGGAAACAGAUCAUUGAGGAGGAGAGACAGAAACUGCUCAGGGAGCACGCCAUGAGGCUGCUGGGAUAUCUACCCAAGGGAGUGAUCCGUGACUCGGGCGACCUAAACAUGCUGGGGUCAGAGUUCAAGGACGCAUACAGUAAGCGUCAGAUUGAUCCGUUCGACGAGGAGGCGUGGGACCAGCGUCGGUAGGAAACCGACCAAUCAAAAUUAGGCAUCUGUGAUAAUGAAAUUCUACAAAAUGAACUAAUAUUCCGUCCCAUCAUUGGAUAGCUGUACAUUGUUUCUGGAAGUACAUGUAUGUUAUUGGGUGAUGUUAAUGGCAGAACAUGUAUGGUAAUGAACUAUUUUAAUGGAUUGUCAAUUUGUGUAAAUAAUGGUCGGCAGUGGACAAAAGCCAUUACUUUCUCAUGAAUUCUUUUUUCUCGGUGUAAGUGUGUGUGUGUGUGUGUGUGUGUGUGUGUGUGUGUGUGUGUGUGUUUGUAAUCACAUGAAAGCCA